CGCUGAGUUUGUUGUGUCUCAGGUGAACUACACGCUGCUGGGUCAGAUCUGUAACCUGUGGAGGAACUACGCUGAUAUCCAGGACUCAUGGGACAGUGUGCUGAGCAUCGUCGACUGGUUCUUUGAUAAUCAGGACGUUCUGCAGCCCGCGGCCGGACCUGGCCAGUGGAACGACCCCGACAUGCUGAUCAUUGGAGACUUCGGCCUCAGCAUGGACCAAUCACGUGCUCAGAUGGCUCUGUGGGCGAUCAUGGCCGCGCCCCUCUUCAUGUCUAACGAUCUGCGUACGAUCAGCAGCGGCGCUCGCGCGAUCCUACAGAAUAAGAUCGCCAUCGGCAUCAGUCAGGACCGCUUGGGCAUCCAGGGCAAACGCCUGAUCAAGGAGAAGAGCCAGAUCGAGGUGUUCUGGCGGCCCCUGGCUAAAGGAUCCAGCGCUCUGGUGUUCUUCAGCAGGAGAUCUGAUAUGCCUUAUCGCUACACAACGUCUCUGAAGGAGCUAAGCUACAAGACUGGAGUGUAUGAGGUGUAUGACGUGUUUUCGGAGCAGCUCUUGCCUCAGAUGAAGGACAGCUCAGAGUUUGUGGUGUCUAUUAAUCCGUCCGGUGCGGUCAUGUGGUACGUCAAUCCUGUAGCCGAGUGGCGGAAGGAGGCGGAGCCUCCGCGGUUCAGCGAGAAGCUGAUUGGGCCAAAGUUCCACCAGCAUGCUAAUGAGGUCGACGCCCCUCUGGUGCUUUAAGCUCCGCCCAUCAGGAAUGACCGACGCACUCAGGGACAUUCACUUAAUCUCCUUUUUAAACGUUUUCUUGUGUGAUUUUUUUUUAAUAGGUCUGUUUCUACUGAAUGAUAUUACAACUAUCCGAAUGAAUUGCUAUUUUUGGAUGGAACUGAAUGUUUUUGCACUGACCGACUUUCCUAAGACGCCUGUUAGUGACAUCUAAUUUGUGCACAUUCAAGUUUGAAGCAAGUAUGAAUCAAGAUGUUCAAA